AUGCAAGGGAUUCGGAAAGUCAACCGUCAACUCAAGGGAGAAGUCGACACUCUGAGAUCGCUAUUCGAGCGACUUAAGUCAGCAAACGAUGAGACGAAAGCCGACAUCAUGGCUCAGCUGGCCGCAAAUGAUUCACCUGACGUGAUCCUUCAAAGACUAGCAGAUGGCGAAGACUUGCCCAGCAAAGCGAAGGACAAUAGCUCCCAUCCUACAUCCGAAACUCGGCACUCUGAGCCAAGCACCGAAAGUCCUGACGGGCUCAUCAAACUUGAAAGAGACGAUGAGCCUCCGUUCCCUCCAGGGGUAGUUCAGUGGCAUAUUGACAAGAUGCAUUACCUACUUCAACGUGUGGAAAGCGUUGAUCUAAAUGCAAGCGCGGCAAAGGCGGAACAGGAUGGCAACUCUGAAUCACCGGACGAUGAGGGCGAGCAUAAGACUCCGGAGUUUCUCCAGGCCAUCAUCUUGGCUGAUGGUGCAGGAAGACAUCGUUCAACGUCUUCUUCAAACGUUGGCUUGCCACCCGGCGCGGUGGAAGGCUUUGGGAACCUACCUUUAUCGAGCGCCGUGCGAGCGAAUUACUAUCCCGCGGCAGUUCAGGCCCGGCAACUCCUCAACCUCCAAACUGAGGAGUACCGCCUACCUUCGUUCAUGGCCGCAGACGGAAGCCCCCUAUCGAACAUCUUCUACAGCUACAAAGAAGCUGCGAUGGAAAUGCUGUCUAAUGGUGUCCCAUCCCUCCAGGUUCUCGGGCCCUCCGACCGCAUCGACCUGGAGCUCUUCUUUCGUGAUCGUGAGCCGCUAGACUCUUACGAUGUUCAUUCUUGGGCUUGCGAGAUACUAAAGAAUCUUGAGGGUUAUGACAUAUUCGUCAAGCUUGCAAGCGUAGCUCUCUACACUACCUAUAUGCGAUGGAAUAUUCUACCCACAGCCACCAACUACGCUCUGAUGCCAGAGAUGAUCCGCCCAACGAAGCGCCAACGAUUCAUACCUCAUCGCAUGACGAUUGACCUGGUACCACACCCUGCUAUCCGCGACGCGCUGAUCAAUAGGUUCCGCGAUUGGCUCUCUCCAGGAACGACAGAUACCGGCGGAACCAGCGUAGGCUGGCCUUACAGUCUUGACGCUGCGGUGGAUAUUUGUCCUAUAACGGGACGUAGAAUGCUAAGCCGUGCCUUUUUUGAACACGCCACGAAUGGGAAGAACUGGAGUCUGGAUAAGUCUAUCCGCCCCAUGUAUCCUGAAAUUGAGGGCAUGGGAUUCAAGAUUAGGGAUUGA